GAGUGGCCAGAUCUGAAAGGGAAAAACCCUGAGGCCUAGGCAGCUUGCACCACCGACUUUGCUGUUUCUUGGCUGCAAUGGCCGUGGUCGCCGGCCUGCGGGCCUUUGGGGCGAAGCGGCCCAGCUGGCUCAGAGGCAACCCAUGGGCCCCUCUCUCCGCCGGCUUCUGCAGCCCGGGGUCAGCAGGACCCGCGCGGUCGGAGUCAGAGCCAAGGCUCACCAGCAUGCGACAGCAGGACGGAAUCAGGAACAUUGUCUUAAGCAAUCCUAAGAAGAGGAAUGCGCUGUCACUGGCCGUGCUGAAGUCUCUCCGAAGUGACAUUCUUCACAAAGCUGAAAGCGAAGACCUGAAAGUCAUUAUAAUUUCAGCUGAGGGCCCUGUGUUUUCAUCUGGACAUGAUUUGAAGGAGCUGACAGAUGCGCAAGGCCGUGAUUAUCACACUGAGGUAUUUCAGACCUGUUCUGAGGUCAUGAUGCUGCUCCGGAACCACCCGGUCCCCAUCAUUGCUAUGGUCAAUGGCUUGGCCACAGCUGCCGGCUGCCAGCUUGUGGCCAGCUGUGACAUUGCUGUGGCAAGUGACAAGUCUUCUUUUGCUACUCCUGGGGUGAAUGUUGGACUUUUCUGCUCCACCCCCGCAGUCGCCCUGGGAAGGGCAGUGCCCAGAAAGGUGGCCCUGGAGAUGCUAUUUACUGGGGAGCCCAUUUCUGCUCAGGAAGCCCUGCGCCAUGGCCUCAUCAGCAAAGUAGUGCCAGAGGAGCAGCUAGAGGAGGAGACCAUGAGAAUAGCAAAGAAGAUUGCCUCUUUGAGCCGCUCUGUGGUGGCCCUGGGCAAGGCCACCUUUUACAAACAGCUGCCGCAGGACCUUAGAACAGCAUACUUCCUCGCCUCCCAAGCCAUGGUAGACAACCUGGCCCUACAGGAUGGGCAGGAAGGAAUUGAAGCCUUCAUCCAGAAGAGAAAGCCCAUCUGGUCACACUGAGCCAGCCUGAGUGCUGGGUUAAUGGUCAUCCCUCAGAAGCCCCCUGCCCUCAUCGUCUCCUCUUGACCCAACCAUAUACUGCCGCCUCUUGGUUGUAAGAGAACAUAGCCAGCCUUUCUAAUUUGGAUGUUGGUUUCUCCAUGUGUGAUCUGUAUUAAAAGCCAUGGUUCUGUGGGAAACAAAUACAGGGGAGGAAAUGACUUGCUAGGUCAGUGGCCAGGUUAACAUACACUGGGGUGUGUGGGCCGUGGCAGAAACCCCAGGACCUGACGGAGCCUGAAGUGAGGGCAGUCGCGUGAAGCAUGAAGAAAGGGUGCCACCCCCACUCUUCUGUAGUUUCCUACAGGCACAGUCUGUUCUGGUUGCCCGUGGCAAGUUGAACAUUUCAGAUCUCCACAAGAUCAUCUCCACGCUGAAAAUCUUCUUGAUCCUCCCAGGAAAUUAUCAUGCCUGUGGCUUUGGAAUAAUCUUAUAUGUGAUUUGAAUAAAUUAAAUAUUUAUA